AGCGGAGCCCAGCGGAGCCGCGGGCCGGGCCCCCCCGAGUCGGUCUGGUGGCUCGGUCCGGCGUGGAAAUUCAUCAGCUGAAGCCAUGCGCUCCGCCUGGGAGAGCCACGCUGCUGGCAGCCCGCAGAGCCCCUGACCUGCUGCGGGAGAGGAGCCUGCCGGCAGGUGGAAUGGGGCAGCCAUGAACGGCGAUGCCCUGUGCCAGGAGCCCUCCUCCCCGCUCCCCGACUGGAGGGAGUUCUGCGAGCUGCACGCCCAGGCUGCCGCCGUCGACUUUGCCCAGAAGUUCUGCCAGUUCCUGAAGGAGAAUCCCCACUACGACACCCCCGGGGCAGAGGCUUCCUUCUCCCACCAUUUCGCCGCCAACUUCUUGGAUAUCUUCAGCCUGGAGGUCAGCAGGGUCUUCGUCUCGGACUCCCCCACCAAGUACAACAUCGUGCCCUUCGUGGGGCUGCAGAACUGCCACGUCCCCUACGGGCGGGAGGUCAGCCCCAGGAAGGAGGAGACCUCCAGCGAGUCCCUGGACAGCAUGGAGCCGGCGCUGGACGCCGCCCGCUACCUGAGCCCCGCGCAGCAGGCGCAGGCCAGGAAGGUCUCCUCCUACGGCCAGUCCCGCAGCUCCGAGGACGUCUCCAUCCACGCUGCCGCCAAGCCCAAGUUCAAGAAAGGCUUCUCCUUGAGGAACAUGAGCUUGUGCGUGGUGGAUGGCAUGAAGGAGAUGUGGCACCGCAAGUCCUCCCCGGAGCCGGGCGCCGAGGCGGGCGCGGGCGGGCGCAGAGCCGAGCGGGAGCCGUGGGCGGCGGCGGGCAGGGAGCCGGCGGAGCCGCGGGAGAAGUGGACGCACCGGCUGCGCCUCGCCAAGGUGCCCUCCGCCAGGGUGGAGCUGCUGGACAUCCAGAGGGAGGGGACGCUGCGCUACAUGGUGGCCGACGACACGAACUGUGUGGGCAGCUCGCAGUGGCAGAAGUGCCGCCUGCUGCUGCGCAAAGCCGGCAAGGUGGAGGGGGAGAGGUUCCUGCUGGAGUUCUACGUCCCCCCGAAGGCCUCCAAGCCCAAGGUGAGCAUCCCCCUGUCUGCCAUCAUCGAGGUGCGCACCACCAUGCCCUUGGAGAUGCCCGACAAGGACAACACCUUCGUGCUGAAGGUGGAGAAUGGGGCUGAGUACAUCCUGGAGACCAUCGACUCCCUGCAGAAGCACUCGUGGGUGGCAGACAUCCAGGACUGCAUCGACCCAGGGGACAGUGGGGAUGACAUCGAGCUGGCAUCCUGCACCCAGGGAGCCUGCCUGCAGGGCAGGAUGUCCUCCUGCAGCUGCGAGUUCCUGGCUGAUGAUGCGCCCCGGCCGCCGGACAGAUGUGCCCUGCCCACCGCCACCGCUGCCCCCGCGCCCCACAGCCGGGGCCGGGACUCCCUCAGCGACCUCCUGGCCCACGUCCCGCUGGAGAGCUUCCUGCAGACGCUGGAGUCGUCCCCUGCCACCAGCGGCGGGCACCCGGCAGGGGAGGACGGCGAGGCGGAGGCAGAGCUGAACCUGAGCGAGUUCCCCUGGUUCCACGGGCCGCUGUCGCGGGUGAAGGCGGCGCAGCUGGUGCUGCUGGGGGGCGCCCGCAGCCACGGCCUCUUCGUCAUCCGCCAGAGCGAGACCCGGCCCGGGGAGUACGUCCUCACCUUCAACUUCCAGGGCAAAGCCAAGCACCUGCGGCUGUCGCUGAACGAGAGCGGGCAGUGCCACGUCCAGCACCUCUGGUUCCAGACCAUCUUCGACAUGCUGCGGCACUUCCACACCCACCCCAUCCCCCUGGAGUCGGGAGGCGCCGCCGACAUCACCCUGCGCAGCUACGUGGUGGCCCAGAGCCCCCUGCCAGAUGCUGCCCCCGCCCCCGCUGCGGUGCCGCAGCCGCCGGGCAGCCGGGACGUGCCACCCCCGCACUACUGCAGCACCGCACCCGCCGGCCCCCCAGCCCCGCCGCCCGCCGAGGGGGCGGCCGCGACCCCUGCCGUCCCCGCGCCCUACCACCGCCUGGAGGGGGCCCUGGGCCCCCGCAGCCGCAGCGACAGCGCCGAGCGCCGGCCGGAGCCCCCCGCCAGCGGUGCCGAGGACUACCACGAGGCUGACGGUGCCCGCAGCCGCACCCGGGCGGUGGAGAACCAAUACUCCUUCUACUGAGCCCCCGUGCCCAGGGUGGCUGCGGGGGGCAUGUGGGGCCCCAGCACCCCUCACUGCUGCACCAGCCUCCUGCAGCCACCGCCAGCGACCCAGCCGGGAUGUCCUCCUCCUCCUCUCUGCUGUGUCAGCAGCAGGUGAUGUCCCAGCGGCACCUGGCACCAGCCUCGAGGCUGGGGCAGGGCUGGCGGCUGGGGAGGUGUCAGUGCCACGCUGGAGCUCGCAGCCUCUUCUCGUUCCCUCUGGACCAAGAGCCUGCACCCUGCACCUCCUCCCUGGGGAUAUACCCACCCUGGGCUGGCAGCCUGAUGCUGUGAUGAGCUCCAUCCUCCAGCCAAAGCACCCUGGCAUGGCUCCUCUGUUGCCCAGUGUGGCCAACAUCCCUCCUAGCACCACCACCCCACAAAGCAGGGGCUGAAGAUGGAAAGGGCAGAUCCCAGCGCAGAGGCUUCCCUCGCACAGGAGCAGGAGGCAGCUGCAGGAGCCUGGGGGUUCAGGCUGCCUCUGGGGCAUGUUUCCCACCCUCUGCCCGGAGAAGGCUUUUCCAGCACUUAAUGAAUCACUCCAGGAAGGGUUUUCCUGCUGUCCUGCCAUGUCUGCUCCUUCCUCCUGUCCUUGCUCUACCGACAGAGAGUCUCUGCACAACUCCUUUCCUCUUCCCUCCCUUCCUUGCUUUUUCAAAGCCUGAGCUCUCCUCCAGGACAUGAGCUCAGCCUCCUGCCUGCUUUCCACCGAUGCCUUUCUCAGCUCAAGGGCAAAUCAAGACAAAUCUGACCACUCCCACUCAGUUGUCUCUCACCCAGGAUGUCCUGGGGGGCGUCAGACAGAGGCCAGGGGCUGAGAUGGGGAAUGAAAACCCCAGAGGUCUUCAGGAGGGCAUUUGGGUUUUUCUCUUGGGCUCUCUUGCCCAGGGAGAGCAAAAAGAAUGAAGCUGCUGCCAGGUGGCUGACACAGAGGGGCCAGGCCAGGCUGGAUUGCCCUCACUGAUGGCUGCAGAUCCAAAACCCUGCCCAGGGACAGCUGUAGCAGCCCUGCUGCUGGGAAGGACCAGACACUGCCAUGGUCACCACUCCUCGGUGGCUAUUCUGAUAGAGCAGUGCAGCCCCACAGGCAGCUCUAGCUGAAACAGGAGGUGCCCUGGUAGAGGUGAGCUCUGGAAGGGAGCAUGGAGCAGGGACCUGCUGUCCCCAGGUGUGCACCAUCCUCUGGGUGCUUUUCCUGCAGGUCUCUGGAGCCCUGGGGGUGGUUUUACAGCCCAGGCUGCUAACUGAGAUUGCCUGCUCUUGGCCUGGGAGACCCUCUGCAAGGGCAGCUUUGCUCACAAAGUGCUUGCCUGUCCCUCCUGCUUUGGCCUUCUCCAUCACCAGGGUCCCCCAGGUCCUCCUGUGGCUGCCAGGCUUGGGUGACACUGCUGGCAGGACCUGGGUGAGGUGGCUUUGAGUGUCUGGGUAGGUCUCCAGGUAAAGCAGACCCCACCACACCCAGCUGGAGGUUCCUCCUUAGGGCAAGGAGUGGCAUGAGACGAGCCACAACUCAGCUCAACCCCCCUUGAACUCGCCUGGAGUUCUGGGCUGGGUCAAAUCUCUGCUUCUUUUUAUGGUGCCUUCUUUCCUGAGCUAGCAAAAGAUGUCCCCAGUGCUGGUGUCAUUUUUCUCUCCCACUUCCAGAGGGCAGGGAAGGUGUCUCCAAGGCUCCUUGCCUCCUCCUGCAACACAGAACCUGCCUUCCUGUCCCGGGGGGGGGGGUGUAAGAGCCCCUGGUGGGGCUCAUUCGUGCAGCAGAAGCCACCCCCUCCCCCAGAACACAGCCCUUCAGAGGGCAGUGGCACCAGUUUGCUCUGCUGGGUGUGUUUGUCCUUCCUCAGCACAGUUAAAAGCCCAGCUUGGAGGGGUCCAGGCAGCAGGGAGAGGCCAGGUGCUCUUGGCUGGUGGGUUUAAGGUGCAACCUCUUCCCUCACACACAGAGUGAAGGAUGUGGCACAGACAUGGUGACUCCUGCUCUUCACUGAGGGGGUGUGGAU